GGAGGCAUGCUAAAGAUAGUUCGGUGAAAACGACAGCGUGGCUGUGUCGGAACGGAGGGACGGUUGGUGCACAGCAUGUACACACUGCGCCACCUCCUGAGCGACUGCAGUGGCAAGAUGACGCGGACGUCAUGUGCUGCGGAGAAGAAGAAGGAGACGCUAGAGGAGGUGUGGGCAGCGCUGAAUGCGUGGAUCGAGGCCCGGUACAACGAGGGCAAAGGUGUAAACGUCGCGCCAUUCUGCAAAAUCUCGUGGGAAACAGUCACGAUCAGUCGCAACACGCGCAAGCUUCGGCCAAUUUUCAUUCUCCAUGAAACUUAUGCCAAAACAUACGGCCUCCACUACAAGAAGCGCAUCACGGCCCCGGACAUUGCCCCGCUGGAGGACAUCAACUUCACCAAGAUUGCCAUCAAGUUUUCGAAAAACCUGAACAAAGACACCGUGUUCUCGGGCGUCCGCGAUUUGUUGCACAAGAUUGGCGAGAUCGCGUCGACGGGGGCCCAAAUGGCGAUUGAAAUGACGAUGGGCAAGAUCGUUGCCAAGAACCGAGCGGUCCACAUGCUCUUUGACCCGAAGCUGUUCCCCAAAAACUUGGAGCACGUUGCGACUGCAUCGAUCACGAGUGCCGCGCCGUCGAUGCUCGGCGACCUCGCGGACUUUGACUUGCUCUUGGAUGAGUCGACCAACCAGUUUGGCGACGAAGUAGAGGACGCGUCAGAAGAGCCACUGGCCAUCACACCUGGGCGCCAGCAGCCGUCGACGCCGCGCCCGCUCAAGCCACAGCCCCGCCGCCAAGACACGGCUCCUCCAACUUUUUCCGGCUCGCCAACAAAAUCUUUGUCACUUCCGUCGGUGGAGAAGCCCCCGAUCCUCGCGGCGCCUCCCACCAUUUCACAACUGCGAUCUCCCCGGCCAGCCUCGCGCAACGGCCAGGGAUAUCAGAGCGUGGACGUCCCGAGUCGAGACUUCACCACGAUGGCGCUGUCGCCGCCGCAACUGCGGCAGCACAUGGCGUUCAAAGAGCCGAGCUUUGACUUUUCAUUCAAGGAGAUCAUGACGCAGGAACUUGAGCGGAGUGGCAGCAGUGCGAGUGGGGGCGGCACCGAGUCGUCUGUAGCUGAUGCCGCGUAUGAGCGACACAUUCGACGCAUCGAGAAGGAGGUCGAAAUGGAGGCCCAGCAUGCCAUGGAUAUCCACCGCCACCACAUGAAAGACCUGGACGAGAUUGCGUCCGAGAAGCGCAAGAAGCGGCUGAAUGCGGAAAAGUUGCAAGAAAACAUCAAGGCGCAGAUGGCGGCGGCCGCUGACGCGCGCGAAAAGCAGAAGCGCGUUCAGAAUGGCAUGGACCCGAGUGAGAACACGUUCUUGAGCCACAGUCAGCACAGUCGGCUUGGGUUCAACAGCCCUGAUGCUCUCAAAAAGAACCAAAACAACUUGCACCAGUAUUUAGAGGCCCAGAUGGUGGAGAAGGACCAGAAGCGGCGGGAAGCAAGGUCGAAUGCGCUGGCGGAAGACAAGCUCUUCCUCGCCAAACUCGAGCGCGACAUCCAGGAAGACCGGGAAUACGUCGUGUCGGAGCAGAAUCGCCAGCGUCAAAUUCUCACCCAAGCGUGGGAGAAAGACCACUCCAUCAAGGCUGCCACGAAGCAAAGCAGAAAGAUCAUGCAUGACCGCAUCAAGACGGCGAUCGCGGCGUCACCGAUUCGACAAAGUGCCGUGUACCAGCUCGGGGACGACGGCGACGGUGACUUUUCUGUCGGGUUUGACAGCCGCGCCAAGUCGAGCGGGGGCUGCAAAUGACCGCCCUGGCACGAACACUCAACGGGACAAGCCUACCGAUAUAACAUGCUGAUGAUUACUUCCACGCGAUGCGAUCGACGCUAUUGUGCACGCAUGACAUGACUCGUUUCAUGCACCACAGUGGCUCAGCUGAAAACGGGAAAGAAGACCUGUAUUCGUAACGAGCGGGCUUAACCUCGUGGAAGGAUCUGUCUUACUCCUUCCAUAAGUACCAAACACUUUGGUGAAUGGGGUCGACCUGUAGUCGUUGGUUCCAUACGGCAAGUGGCCAGAGAAUACAUACGUGCAAUUACGGGAGUUGAGAGCGUGCUCGGGCGCCCACACAUCUACGCAGCUUCGGCAUCUUCGCUGUCGUCUUCCUCGUUUUGCAUCUCACGUUCCAUCUUCGCACGGAGGAUCUCAACGAUGGCAUUUUGCGUGCGUCGUUCCAGUUUCUUCAUUUGUUUCUCCAGGCCUCGCUCCAGAUCCCACGUUGGCUUCAUUGGUGCGAUGCUCAGAACCUCCUCGGUCGUAUCUUCUUCGGACGUUGCGACAUCGCCUUGGGCAGCUUCAUCUGCUGCUUCAGCAACUACUUCGGGAACUGGACAUGAUUCCUCCUCGGCCGCCGGAACAACCCCUUCCUUCUUGUUCUUUGCAUCACGGAGUGCUUUGAGCCGCUUUGCGCGGUCCGCUUGAUCCAUGCUUGGUCCUCCAGAAAUCAGGUCGUGAGGUGAUUGGUUGAGAUCCAAUUCUUUGUAUGAAUUUCAUUGGACAAUAGUCGACCAAUCACCCUAGAUUGACAAAUC